AUGGAAAGUUUACGACCUGUGCCGUUACGGAUGUCGGGGAAACAAAGCCUUGCCUCGUUGCUCAUCUGCAGUUUUCUGUUUCCCAACAGCACGACUUCCCUCACCUCCGUCGCCGCUCUCUCGUUCGGCGAGGCACUUCUUCAGAAACGGCGCCAGCGCGCUGACAAGUGUCCUCCGCCGGCGGACUGCAAGUGCCACUGCGAGUGCCCCGCGCCGGUCUCGAAGCCGCAACCUCCGCCCGGCAAACCCUGCCCCUUUGUCCCGAUCCCGCCGGGCGCGAAACCGAAGCCCCCGGCCGAGACGCGAUGCGCGACCGGGUUUGUCAAGCGGGCGAACCUAGAAUGUGCCGAGAUCACACCGGAAAUCAUCACCGAGUUACAAAGCGUGGUCGCCGUGAAACUGCAGGAAUUGAACCUCGCCCGGACCAACUUUCAAGCGGAGAAGGAUCUGAUCGCGAGUGGAAAACCCAGUGGCAACAAGGAGUUGCACCGGAAACUCCUCCUGAAAGCGCACGACGCCUACGAAACCAGCCUGGACUAUCCACAAAAAAGCACCCAUCGCCAUUCAAUUUGUCAUGCAAAAUAUUAAUAUGCAUCAAACGCAGUGUUUGUCAUGCAAAACAUAGAUGGGGAUGCGUGUUUUUACUUGGAUAUGGACAUGCUUCUGAACGCGUGGGAUAUGGCGCCGUUCCGGAAAAAGAAGGCCGCGGCCGACGGUCCCGUAGCGGAAAAACCGGAAUUCGUGAGUUUCGCAACCCUGGUUUCUGCCGACGAACAACAAACGCAGCCGCACUGCGAGAGUUGGACUUCUUUACUGGAAAACUACGACGUUAGCGAAAAGGACUGUGCGGUCAUGUGUCGGCAGCAGCCGAAUUGCGUCGGCUUUGCGAAGGUCAAACCCGCAGAAAAGGACUUUUGCGUGUGGUUCACAGCAAAUGCGAAUACAAACAAUCAAGCUCCUAACAAGUGCUUCGACCCCUCUUCCGACCUCAGCGCGCAGUACUUCAAGAAGAACCGCGAGGAACAAACCGACCUGCAACGACCGAUCUCCAAGGACAUGUCGGGGCUGUCCCGGUUGCAGGACAUCCUCGCGAUCCAGAUGGCGGACACGGAUUUUGAUGCGCACGGGGCGAUAUCAAAUGCAAAAAUGUCUGGGUCUGGAACUUGUGAUGCGUCCUGUGGGUCACACAAAAAUCUGUGUUGCGUGAUCACCAAGAGUUGUGCUUUUUUGACCAACAUGAGCGGGAGUUUCUCAUGCGGGACAGGCAUGGCGGAGACUUCGCAGAAUCUAUCAUGCUAGGUCCUGCAUUCCAGACCUCAUGGGGCAUGAAAAAUAUGCAUGACAAAUCUGCACUCUUCCACACCCAGACAUUUUUGCAAUGCAUAGGCGACGGACAAAUUUGACCAGUGGAAAAACGAGGGCAUCAGCAUCGAGGACACAAGUACAGUAUCAACUGUAAAAAUGUCUGGGUCUGGAAAAGUGCAACUUGUCAUGCUAAAUCUGAAUCAUACAAAAAUCUGUGUUGCAUGAUUACGAAUAAAGCUGUUCACUUUUGAGAAGGCCGAGAGGCAGUUUGUCAUGCGGAAAAGGCAUAGUAAAGAUCUCACAGAAUCUGUGAUGCUACGGCAUGCAUCACAGACCUCACACGUCAUGCAAAACCUGCAUCACAAGUCUGGCAUUCUUCCAGACCCAGACACUUUUGCAAUCCAUAUACAGUGGAACAGUUUCAACAUUCCAAACAGUUGUACACGGACGAGGUGGUGAAUACGAAGAAGGUGUAUGCAAUGUAAAUUCCCUGUACAUGAUGUACAAAAUGCAUGACAAAUUUCUCUAACUUGCAGCGUCCAACUUGUCAUGCUAGACUAGGAGUGAGGGCAAGUUUUGUCAUGCAGAAACUGCAUUUGCACGUGUGCGAGAAAUUUACUGUGGAUAAGGUGUGGAUACAGAUGAUGGAGGUGGCGCGGAGGUUGGCAGAGGAAAUCCGGGAUGAUACGGACGCCGUCGACCCGCUGCCGGCACCGAAGCCGGUAUUUAUGGUGUACUUUCCGUGUGUGUAGAAAUGGAAUGGAAGAAUUAUGUAUCUAACUCUAUUCGCAUGUGAAUGUGAAGAGGUCGUGACCGCGUGUUCGUGGUCCGCGUUUACAACGUUGGUUUAUCUUUGUCAACUACUAUCUCAAUCGUUAUUGCCAUCAACUACUUGUUUAUAUGUCUUCAUGAAUGUACAACUUCUACGGAUUAUGAAUGUUGGAGCUGCAUCUUCUAUUGAUGAUGUUGUAAUCACGACAGGCACCAGCGCCCCCUCCGCCGAAGAAGAAACCCACGUGGGCCGACCAUCCCAACUACGACGAUACAAAGUGGUCGCAACGGCACCCGGACUGCCCACAGGGACCGCCGUGCGUCUGCGACUGUAACUGCCGCGGAGCCCCGCCGCAAAACUUCAUUGACCCACCACCGCCGCCACCGAAACCGUGUCCCACAGUGGACCCACCGCCCGCAGGGGGAAUCACGCCGAUUCGAUGAUGAAGAUUUAUUUGACGAUAGUUUUCUUUUCCGGACAGAAGCAGGACGACAUGGAGGAUCGAUGGUGAUAUAUUGUCCGAUGUGCUGUUAGUGUCAGUAAGAGGAUCGAUCUUCCGCCCGACAUCUAGGGUCCUGAUUGUUGUGUUAGCAAUCGUCUCGCCGAAGGAGCGUCGAGC